AUGGCGGACGGCAGACCCCAGCGGGCUUCGCCGCCCCCGACCUACGAUGCUUCGUCCCUCACCCGCGAGUUCGAGCAACUGAUGCGCACCAAGCGAUUCAAUCGUCUCCAUGAACAGGCCCGGUCGCGAUCCGUCACGCCUGCGCCCUCCAGCCCGUCGACGCCGCCUCAUCCCUCCCGGGCGCCACCACCACCACCAGCAUCCGCGACGGGCACGCCCACUCGCUCAGCUCAGCAAACGGCUUCAUCACCUGCUCUCCGGGGCCUUCCCAUCAUGCCCUCUCCGCCACAAGAUGCGGCAUCGUUGAAAUUCUAUAAUCUGCUGAAAGGCUUGUCCGUGACACCGACCAAAUACGAAAACCCGGGCCUCCUCGACGAGGCCCUGUGUCUGAUCCCCCUCGAUCGACUGUACUCGGAGGCAGAGGAGGAAAGUCAGAUUCUCCAGGCUCAGGCUGCCAGCGUAGGAGGCAAACCAGAAUGGGGAUAUCAGGACUGUGUGAUCCGUGCUUUGUUAAGCUGGUUCAAGCGAUCGUUCUUUCAAUUCGUCAACAACCCGCCAUGCUCCCAAUGCCACAUGCCCACGAUCGCACAAGGCAUGACACCCCCGACACCCGACGAGACCGCCCGGGGAGCAUCCCGCGUUGAGCUCUACCGCUGCUCCGAGCCGAGCUGCGGCGCAUUCGAGCGAUUUCCACGUUAUUCCGAUGUCUGGCAACUCCUCCAGACCCGACGAGGCCGAGUUGGCGAGUGGGCCAAUUGCUUCAGCAUGCUCUGCCGCGCAGUCGGAGGCCGUGUGCGCUGGGUGUGGAACUCGGAGGAUCACGUCUGGACCGAGGUGUAUUCCGAGCACCAGCGACGAUGGGUGCAUGUCGAUGCCUGCGAGGGGGCUUGGGACCAGCCCAGACUGUACACGGAAGGCUGGGGUAGACCCAUCUCGUACUGCGUUGCUUUUUCGAUCGACGGAGCCACCGAUGUCACCCGCCGCUACGUUCGCAGCCCUGCCCGCCAUGGAAGCCCGCGCACACGAGCCCCGGAGGAGGUUGUGGUCUGGUCGAUUCACGAGAUCCGCCGAAAACGCCGGGAGAAUAUGUCCAAGGCGGAUCAGCGCCGGUUGAUGAAGGAGGACGAACGCGAGGAGCGCGAACUCCGAGGCUACAUGGUUGCGGCUUUGGCGGCCGAGAUCAACAAACUGCUUCCGCGCAGCCUCGUGGGUGGUGGCCGGGGCGACCGCACCGAUGACAAACAUCCUGGUUCGCGCCAGGAGGCCACGGCCGAGUGGCUCAACACGCGACAGAGAAACUCGGGCAACUCGGGCCCCGAUCGGGGCCCCGAUGGACGAUGA